AUGGAAGCUACAUCGGAUCACCGAUCAUCCAGUGAAGAUACGUCAAGCUUCUCACCUCGUCAAGGAGCCACCUCGAAUCCAUUCAAGACGGUGCUGCAUAAAUUUACUCAGAAGAAGAAGGAGCGAUCAUUUUCUGCAGGUCUGAGCAGUGCUGCGACCUCGAGUUUCUUCUCUAGAAGACAGAACAAAGCACCAGCACAGCAGAAAGCACAGGCUGUACCUGGAUCAGUCAAGCAAGUGAACACGGGGCAACUACCUCCUGUGUGGGCGACAUCGUUACCGGCUCCACUGAUGAUAAUUUCUUCUCCCGUUGCCUCAGUGUCGCCACGGCUACGAAGCUUUUCAUCGGUGGAUAGUGAGAGUAGUGAUACGGCUUCCAGAUCGCUUGAAGGGCAUGCUCUAAGCCGUCACGGGAUGCAUGAAGAUGAGUCAGAGCAGGAGGUACAUGAGACUGUUUCAAUUCAGGGACACGAUAAACCUCACCGCCUCAAUCACCACCACAAUGUCAAUGGAACACUUGUUGCUGACACGGCGUUGGCGUCGACUUCGUCAUCACGCAAUGCUUCAGGCAACCUUCGCGAUACGCAAUUCGAACGGCUACUGGAAAAGGAAUUUAUUGAUCUAGACCAGCUUCGCAAGCUCAGCUGGGGUGGUGUCCCUACGAAGCAUCGACCCACUGUCUGGCGGCUGCUGUUGGGCUACAUGCCGUCGAAGAAAGACCGUCGUGACACGAUGUUGAAACGAAAGCGGCAGGAAUACGUUGAACUGCUGCAGCAGUAUUAUUACAUCCCGGACACAGAUCGGGGUACACGAGAGCAAACGACGCUGCGGCAGAUUCUCGUCGAUAUACCACGCACCAAUGCUGACGUGAAGCUUUUCCAGAAUGAGCGUAUUCACCAGAUGGUUGACGUUAUACAAAAGUGUAUGGAACGUGUUCUGUAUAUUUGGGCAAUUCGGCACCCGGCCAGUGGAUAUGUGCAAGGCAUCAAUGACCUCAUGACGCCGUUCUUAGUGGUUUUUAUUUCGGCUUUUAUCGAUGAUCCCCAGACAUGCGACUUGUCCAAAGUGUCGGACGAGAACUUGCGGAUUGUUGAGGCGGACAGCUACUGGUGUCUGACGAAGUUGCUGGACGAUAUCCAGGACCACUACACGUUUGCCCAGCCAGGUCUGCAACGUAUGGUACAGCGCAUGGAAGAUCUAGUCCAUCGUUGCGAUGCAGAACUGUUUGAGCAUAUCGUCGAGCGUGAAAGUGUGCAGUUUGUGCAGUUUGCGUUUCGUUGGAUGAACUGUCUGUUAAUGCGUGAGUUACCACUGGACGGCAUUGUGCGCAUCUGGGAUACAUACAUGUGUGAAGACUCGGGCUUUGAAAGCUUUCAUGUGUACGUGUGCGCUGCGAUUCUAAUGACAUUUGGCGAGACGCUCAAGAUGCUAGAGUUUCAGGACCUAGUGCUCUUUUUGCAAAGAUUGCCGACAAAAGACUGGGUGGAGAACGAGAUCGAGCCAUUGCUCUCGCGCGCAUUCAUUCUACAAACUUACUUCGCUGACGCCCCGAGUCACCUCAGUUCUCAAGCCACGCAAUAG